AGAGAGAUCGAGUGUGUGUCUGCAUUACAAGUGUUGAUCAGAAAAGGUUGCUGUGUCCGCCUGACAAGGUUCCAGAACCUUUGAGCUCGCAUCAAAAUGUCAACCGCAGGUUCUACCCAUGGGCUGACUUCGUCGAAAUUGGAGUUUAAGAAGGGAAGCAACCGUGACCGGUUAAUUCUAGGCCUGAUUAUCGUCGGCGGUCUUACCCUUGUAAUUGGACUUGCAGUGGGGAUACCAUUGUCCAAACGAGCAGCAUUACCCGGCCCAACACAUGACCCAAACCUCGCUUUCGCCAAAUCUUUCUUGCAAGAAAACCCAUUAAUUGAUGGUCAUAACGAUCUCCCUUGGCAAUACCGACAGUAUGCACAGAACAAGGUGUAUAAUGUCUCACUAAACGAGGACACGCGUCUACAGUGGCCCCCAGGUACACCGAUGACUGACGAAAGUUUCCCCGUCCUCCCUCCCCAGACCGACAUACCAAGGUUACAAGCAGGUGGGGUUGCCGCUCAGUGGUGGGCGGCGUUUGUCUCCUGUGCAGCCACAUCGAAAGAUGCCGUUCGACAAGGAUUUGACCAAGUUGACGUAAUUCGAAAGAUGACCGACCGGUACCCAGAGACCUUCACACUAGCUUUAACAGCAAACGAUAUUGAAACAAUAUUUGAAAACGGUAAGAUUGCCAGUCUUAUUGGUCUAGAAGGGGGUCACAUGAUCGGAAAUACCCUUGGAGUACUCCGGAUGCAUUACAUGAUCGGUGUUCGGUAUAUGACCUUGACCCACAGCUGUGACACUGACUGGGCAGACAACUACAAGGCGGAUUUAAAUAACGGAGUAUCUACAGGCCUCACAGCAUUCGGGAGGACCGUAGUCCAUGAGAUGAACAGGCUUGGGAUGAUAAUAGACGUGUCCCACGUAUCCUACCAGACCAUGAUUGACGCUAUUCAAACAUCAGAGGCUCCUGUCAUCUUUAGUCAUUCAUCAGUAUUCUCGAUUUGUAACAAUUACCGUAACGUCAAGGACGACGUACUUGAUAUGCUGAAACAAAACAAUGGCGUAAUCAUGAUCAAUUUCUACACGGGCUACAUCAACAAUGCUACAGACCACGCCAAUACAACAACAGUAUCGCAAGUAGCAGACCACUUUGACUACGUUAAGGAUAGGAUUGGCAUCGAUUAUGUUGGUGUAGGUGCUGACUACGAUGGCGUUAAGUACAUGCCAUUGGAGCUGGAAGACGUUUCGACCUACCCUGUAAUUUUCGCCGAACUCCACAAACGAGGCUGGUCGAUCGAUGAUUUGAAAAAAGUAGCAGGCCAGAACUUUCUCCGAGUCUUUAAGGCUGUAGAGGAGGUCAAACGUUCCAAGGUAAACUUAGAACCAUUUGAGGACAUUAUGAACGAUGACGCCUACGUGAUGUCUCACGACUGUAUCACAAGUUUCUAGGGUUUGUACUGUGGAAUUAUACCUCGAAAACACCAAAGCUUUCAGCGAAUUGGUGACAACAUCAUUGGUAAACUACGUGGGGGUCCCCACGUGAUGUAAUGUUUUUGGUGAGCUGAACCAGAGAUGAAGUCUAUCAACACACGGAUGUAUCAUCUAUUGUUUACGUUAAGUAGAAAUUAAAAUGAAAAGAUAUUCAUAAAAGGAUAACGUUUUAAUAUGUAAAAUAAAAAUAAAAGAGAGGGAGAUAUUUAUAUGUGUGUUUUAAAUAUUUAUGAGGUUGAUAGGAAUUAUCGGUAUUUUUUCAGAAAUUAUUCAGAUUUUCGGGUGGGGGGAAUCAGUGUAUGGAAUUUUCUUUGUUUAUGGAAAUAUAGAAGAAACGUUUUGGGAUUUUACCUUUAGGUACAUUCUCAUUAAUCUUGAUAAUAUUUUUAAGCUAUACCAAACAAUUUGAUCAUUCAAUAAUGUGUCAGUUUUAAAUAUGAAUACGUCACCGUAAUGUCCAUCAGAAUCCUCUUAUCAACAGUGGGCUAUGUUAUACAACUAUAUACAAGUAACUAACACUUAGUUAAAUAACACACAGUUAAGUUAACUGACACUUAGUUAAAUAACACACAGUUAAGUUAACUGACACUUAGUUAAAUAACACACAGUUAAGUUAACUGACACUUAGUUAAAUAACACACAGUUAAGUUAACUGACACUUAGUUAAAUAACACACAGUUAAGUUAACUAACACUUAGUUAAAUAACACACAGUUAAGUUAACUGACACUUAGUUAAAUAACACACAGUUAAGUUAACUGACACUUAGUUAAAUAACACACAGUUAACCAGCACUCACUUACCUGUACCUGUGUCAAUAAUAUAAUAUACAUUACUGUAAUGAGAACCGUAACAGUUAAAAGUUUUUUUGAUAUUAAUAUUCUAUUUACACUCGUCAAUUUUUGGUCCGAGUAAAAUAAAAGUUGUUGAAAUGCAUAAACAUAAUAGUUUUAUUUCAUAAUGUUAUGACGAACAAAUGGUUUAUUAGCAAGGUUUUAAUGAAAUAUAAUUCUAUUAAAAAAUCAAAGCGUUAUAUUACAACACGUUAUUGUAUUUAAUACAUUAUGUUUGUAUGUCUGUAUUUCAUACCGUAUGUUUGUAUCUCUAAAUCUCAUACUUUGUUUGUAUCUUUAUUUUUCAUAAUUCAUAUUUGUAUUUCUAUAUUUCACUCUUUAUUUUUGUAUCUCUAUAUUCCAUACUUUAUUUUUGCGGUGACUAUGCUCCUUUUAACCAUUUUUGUACUCCAAAUGAAAGCCUACAUAUGUUUGCGGAUAAUUUCUUACAUGGUAAAGUUCAGGGAAUUAAAAUCAUCUAAUCAAUUUACAUUAUUGUUGUUUAACUCUGAAGAUUUUGAAGCAAACUAUCAUCAUUUUAGCACUUAUAACCAGAACAAUGCUAACUGCAAUACCUCAUAUCAAACCCUUAAGUCCAGAUGAUGGGCAUUACUUUAGGGCUCGACCACAUCAGGGCAUGAUCAAUAUUAUAUUUUCAUCAUCACAUGUCUUUCCUGAAGUUCUAUAGAAUGUUUCAGUCAGAAAAUUCAAGCAUGUCAUCAUUUUCGGGAUAAAUCUUUUGAUGAAAACUUGUAUUUCAACCGUGACAGUCGAGGUAUAAUCAAUGAAGCCGACAAAGAUCAUUUCAUUAUUUUUAAUCGAAAUUCAUUUAUAUUUAAUUUCUCUUGUGCGAGAUAAUUUGAAUAGUAUCAUAAUAUGUUUUUUUGUUUUUGUUUUUGUUUUUAAAUUUUGUCCUGAACAGAACAUUUGAGAGAGAGAUAUAUAUACUGCUACACAUUUAUAUAUCAUAUUAGCUGUUAAUGCUGGAGUGAUACUAUCACACUAUAAUUAACUAUGUAAUAUUAUUAUUGAUAGAGAAUCAUAUAUCUACAUUACUUACAUCGUAUCUAAUACAUAAAUAAAGAUUUGUUUUUA